GAUGCCUGGUGACGCUUUUAGCAUAAUGAAAAUUACCGAUUUUCUUACUUUUAGGAAACCUCACAUUAUUAAUGUCAAUCAUUCAUCAAUAAUGUGUAAUGGUCAUUGAAUGUCCUACGCAUGUGUGACAUUUAAACGCAGCAUCGCCUUUGACCCCGUGUGCGUAUAAACAAUUGUGUAACAUAACAUGGCUGCCGCGGUGAGGAACCUGGCAAAGUCCUGUAGGCAGUUCACUCGCUCAUGGGGUCAAUGCCAGACUACAUGGAGGAGCAGAAGCACCCAGUCUGCCCCAGAUCCAGUGCAGGCAGCCGGGGUGGUUUCCUUCCCUCCCUUGCAGUCCUACUCAGAGGAGGAGGGCAUGAUGAGGGAAUCAGUGAGAAAGUAUGCACAGGAGCGAAUUGCUCCCUUUGUGGCGAAGAUGGACGAGGAAGCUUUAAUGGAUGGAGAAGUGAUCAAGUCUCUCUUUGAACAGGGUCUCAUGGGAAUCGAGAUCGACGCAGAAUACGGCGGCACUGGCUCCACGUUCUUCUCAUCCAUUUUGGUCAUCGAGGAGUUAGCCAAAGUGGACCCUUCUGUGGCGGUGCUGUGCGACAUCCAGAACACGCUGAUUAACACGCUCCUGGAGCAGCUGGGCACCCCGGCUCAGAAGGAGAAGUACCUGAGCAGACUUUCCACCGACAUGGUUGGCAGCUUCUGCCUGUCUGAGGCCGAUUCAGGCAGCGACGCGUUCGCCAUGAAGACGCGUGCGGAAAAACACAAGGACUAUUACGUCAUCAACGGAUCCAAGUUGUGGAUCAGCAAUGCGGAGCAAGCCGGAGUAUUCCUGGUGAUGGCCAACGCCGACUUCGCAGCUGGCUACAGAGGCAUCACCUGCUUUAUUGUGGACCGGGAAACCGAGGGCCUGGAGAUCGGCAAGAAGGAGAAUAAACUCGGACUGCGCGCCUCCUCCACCUGCCCACUCAACUUUGACAACGUCAAGGUCCCGGAGAAGAACAUUUUGGGUAAGGUGGGUCACGGAUACAAAUAUGCCAUCGGAAUGCUCAACGAGGGCAGGAUCGGAAUCGCAGCUCAGAUGCUGGGUCUGGCGCAAGGCUGCUUCGACCACGCGGUUCCCUACACGAGACAGAGGAUGCAGUUUGGAAAGCGUAUCUUCGACUUCCAGGGCAUGCAGCAUCAAAUCUCCCACGUGGCGACGCAGAUCGAAGCCGCCAGGUUGCUGACGUAUAACGCCGCUCGUCUGAAGGAAGCUGGGAGGCCUUUCAUCAAGGAGGCCUGCAUGGCCAAAUACUUCACGGCCGAGGUGGCAACGUUAACCACGUCCAAGUGCAUCGAGUGGAUGGGGGGAGUGGGCUUCACCAAGGACUACCCCAUUGAGAAAUACUACAGAGACUGUAAAAUCGGCACCAUCUAUGAAGGCACAACAAACAUCCAACUCUCCACCAUGGCCAAGUUUAUCGACAAGGAGUAUGACAAUUGAAAUGAUCUACCCCAAACUGCACUAGUAAUACACCACCGUGUUACACCCUCCUAAUAAUGUGUGUCAUAGGGCGUUUCUAGCAAAACAUGGAUUUAUUGUUACUUUCAUUUUCUCCCCAUAAGCUACUUUGCAUGUGUGUAUAGAUUUGACUGUAAAUGUUAUUAUAAGUGUACAGGUCUUUAUUUGAAUAUUGCAGUGCCUUUGCAGUGCCCUGUCUCAUUAAAAAGCACUGAAAUCCAAGUUG